CCCACGUUGAUUGAAGCUAGAUUGAGGCGAUUCCGUUUAACAUCGUAAUAAGUAUGUGACUCCUCAUGACUACUUAGGUUACCUUGAACACCCAGAAGUGUGAUUCGGUAUGCCCUGCUUGAGUAUGCACCCAUGAUGACUUCAACCGUACCUACUGUAAGUACCUAGUAUAUCAGGGUAGUAGAUUCAAUGAUAUGAAAGAUGGAUCAUACACGUCAAGUGGCUUCGCAUAUCUUCAUUCAACAGCCAGGAGUCGAUGCGGUUGCAUAAAUUCCACAGCACUAAAGCAUUAGAAGCAAUGCCACUACGCAUCCCUUUCUUUAACCUUCUCCAACGGCGUGACCUUCCUCACAACCCGAGCCGGCGCCCCCAUCGCCACGCUCCACGCCGGCACAUCCCUCGAGACCACCGAGCUCGCCGCAAUCGUGCACCCCUCGCCCACCGUAACCCCCGGCAGAAUAACCACAUGCCCGCCGACCCAGCAAUCGUCGCCAAUCGUGAUCGGCCGCGCAUACUCGACAUCGUCCCUCCUGCUCUGGACCUCCGUCUCGUGCGUCGCGGUCAGAAUCGACACGUUCGGGCCGAACAUGACGCGGUCGCCGAUGGUCACGAGCGCGCAGUCGAGGAUCGUCAGGUUGUAGUUGGCGUAGAAGCGGUCGCCGAGGCGGAUGUUGCAGCCGUAGUCGACGGCGAAGGUCGGCUCGAUGAAGACCUCGUCGCCGAUGCGCCCGAGGAACUGCGAAAGCAGCCGCUUCCGCCCGCGCUCCAGGUCCUUGAACCCGGCUUCCGCGUCGGACGGGAAGAAUGUGUUGUACUGGUGCAUCCAGCGCCGCGCGGAGAAGCGGAUCCGCAUUAGCUCUGGGUCCUGGGCGUCGUAGCUGGGUUGGUCAGCUAGAGCCUCUCAUUUACGGCCCAUAGUUUCUUUGGCCUUUUUAUUGGCAUGGUGUGGAUAGGUACAGUAGAUACUGAGAGUGAUUCGCUCCUGAAAAAAAGCACUCACAGCAUCCCUGAAAUCAUCUUCUCGAAUUCCUCUGACUUUAAG